AUGAUGUCGAUCCAAACGGUCGCUACCAAGUCGUUUGAAGGACAAAAGCCUGGAACCUCGGGUCUGCGUAAGCGUGUCACCGUGUUUGAGCAGGAGCACUACACGGAGAACUUUGUGCAAUGCAUUCUUUCUGCGAUACCGGGCGGCGCACGUGGUGCGACACUGGUGGUGGGGGGUGAUGGCCGCUACCUGUCUCUGCCCACCGUGCAAAAGAUUGUUCGAUUGGCUGCUGGCAAUGGUGUGGCGAAGCUGAUUAUCGGACAGAAUGGCAUUCUCUCCACGCCGGCUGCCUCGCAUGUGAUUCGCCUGCGCAAGGCGACCGGUGGUAUUUUGCUGACAGCGAGCCACAACCCCGGCGGUCCGAACGCCGACUUUGGUAUCAAGUACAAUGUGCAGAACGGCGGACCUGCGCCAGAGGCUGUCACGAAUAAGAUCUACGAGUUCACGACCAAGAUCGACCACUACCUCUUGCAGCAGGGCGAUGACGUAGACCUGUCGCAAGUCGGUGCAGCGUCGUUCGGCGACCUGCAAAUUGACGUGAUCGACCCUAUUAAGGAUUAUGUGGAUUAUCUCGCUACCAUCUUUGACUUUGAUCUGAUCAAGUCGUUCCUUUCGUCUGGCCAGUUCAAGGUGCGUUUUGAUGCUCUGCAUGGUGUGACGGGUCCCUACGCUCGUGCUCUGCUGGUGGAGCGCUUCGGUCUCCCAGAUGACGCCGUGCAAAACUGGGUACCCAAGCCAGACUUUGGCGGUGGCCACCCUGACCCGAACCUGACGUAUGCCAAGUCCCUUGUCGACGCGAUGAAGUCGGAGGGUCUGAACUUUGGUGCCGCUAGUGACGGUGACGGUGACCGCAACAUGAUUCUUGGCAAGGAUGCCUUUGUGAAUCCAAGCGACAGCGUGGCCAUCAUAGCCGAUUGGGCCGAGCGCGCUAUUCCGUACUUCAAGUCGGGCGUUCGUGGUGUCGCUCGCAGCAUGCCGACGAGCGGCGCGAUUGACCGCGUCGCCAAGGCGCGUGGCUACGAGUUCUUUGAGGUGCCGACGGGCUGGAAGUUCUUCGGCAACCUCAUGGAUGCUGGCCGCCUGUCGAUCUGUGGUGAAGAGAGCUUUGGCACGGGCUCAGACCACAUCCGUGAGAAGGACGGUCUGUGGGCUAUCGUGGCUUGGCUCAACAUCUUGGCCUUUGCGAACAAAGAGCACGCUGGCACGUCCGUGGCCGAUGUGUUGCAGGCGCACUACAAGCAAUACGGCCGCAACUUUUUCAGCCGCUACGACUACGAAGAAGUGGAGAGUGCAGGUGCACAGACCAUGAUGUCGGAGCUGCGCGCCAAGGUCACGGAUCCCGCCUUCCUUGGCUCGACCCAGGGCUCGUUCAAGGUCGCAGAGGCAGGUGACUUUAGCUACACAGAUCCGAUCGAUCACAGCGUCAGCAAAAACCAGGGUCUGUACGUGCGCAUGGAAGACGGUUCGCGCAUCGUGUUCCGCCUCAGUGGCACGGGCAGUGCCGGUGCGACCAUCCGUCUCUACGUCGAAAAGUACUCGUCCAUGGCGGCCGAAUACGCAGCCGAUGUGCAAGAGGCACUCCGACCCAUUAUUGACGUGGCCCUGCAGCUCAGUGCGCUGCAGCGCCACACAGGCCGAAAGGAGCCUACGGUCAUUACAUAA